AUGGCGUCUGACGAGGCUAUGACGAGCCGCCUCCGCUCCUCCAUGCGAGGCUUGGCGGUAGACGGCGGCGGGAGCUGCGAGUCGCUCCCCGGCCGAUGCGGGCGGCGCCGGCGAGGUGCGCCGGCGAGCUUGAUGUGGGAGAAGGAGUACGCGAGCGACCCGGAGAUCGGCAGCAGAGAUGAAGUGUCUUCUUCUUCCUCCCGCCGCCACCACCACGACGGGAGUUGCGGGGGGACGAGGGAGCGGCGGCUGGACCGCGCCUGGGAGAUGAAGCGGUGCAACGACGGACACCGCGGUGGCGGCGGCGGAGGCAGUGCGUGCGUGGUGAUCCGGCAGAGCGGACCGGGGGCGGGGAGUAUUUACAUGGACAUGGAGGAGGUCAAGGCCUGCCGGGACUUGGGGCUCGAGCUGCCCUGCGACUGGACGGUGGAGAUCCCCUCCGGAGCCUUCUCCCCCGUCUCUCCCGUCUCCAUCUCCAGCCCCAGUGAGUUCAGAAUCCCCCCCCCAUCUCAUUCAAGUUCUCUACCAGAGGUUGAUCCAUGUUUUCCGCCUUGUCUGACUCCGUCCAUCGUCUUGUUUCUCAGGUAGCGACGCUGAGGACGUGAAGGCGAGCCUGAGGGUAUGGGCGCAGGCGGUGGCGCUUGCCUCCGCCUCCGCCGCCGCCUCCUGCCUUAGCAUCUGA